UCAGUACAUACAGCGGCCCGUCUUGGAUCGACGUACUCGUCAUUGUCGCAUCGUUCCCGUCCUCCCCCGCCAGACGGAGGAUAAGACGUAUGCCUCUCUAUAUAUAUCGGGCCUCAUCACCGACUAGACCCCUCCCCUCUUGCUCUGGCUCGAUCCCAUCUAGGCCACCUCCUUAGUUUCCACCACACACCCGCAUAUACGAACAAACUACACACCAUGGCCUCAUCGCUGCCCAAGACCUUCAAGGCCGCCGUCCUCGAGAAGGCGGGCCAACCCAUCGCUAUCCGCGACGUCGAGCUGAAGCUGCCCGGCCCCCGCCAGGUGCUCGUCAAGGUGCUCGCCUGCGGCGUCUGCCACACCGAUCUCUUCGAGGCCAGCGGCGCCCUCGGCAACGCGUUCCCCCGGAUCCCCGGCCACGAGCUGGUUGGUGACGUCGUCGCUAUCGGAAGCGAUGUUACGCGGUUUAAGGGCGGCGAGCGCGUCGGCGGACCUUGGCACGGAGGCCAUGACGGAACCUGCCGCCAGUGCGCGCGCGCCCAGUUCCAGAUGUGCGACGCGCGUCAGGUCAACGGCGUGACGAUGGACGGCGGCUACGCCGAGUACGUGCUGCUGCGGGAGGAGGCGGUGGUGCGGGUGCCGGCAGACGUGGACCCAGCGGAGGUGGCGCCGCUGCUGUGUGCGGGCGUCACCGUGUUCAACUCGAUGCGCAAGAUGCAGGUCGAGCAGGGAAAUAUCGUUGCGGUGCAAGGGCUCGGCGGGCUCGGCCACCUCGCGAUCCAGUACGCGGCACGCAUGGGCUACCACGUGGUGGCGAUCAGCUCGGGGGCCAGCAAGCGCGACUUUGCGAAGCAGCUGGGCGCCCACGAGUACCUCGACGCGAGCGCCGGCGACGUGGUGGAGCAGCUGAGCGCGCUCGGCGGCGCCGCCAUGAUCGUGGCCACGGCGCCCAACGGCGACGCGAUCGCGCCGCUCGUCGGCGGCCUGCAGCCCGGCGGCAAGCUUGUCGUGCUGGCUCCCGUGGGGCCCGUCGCGUUCAACACGCAGCAGCUCGUGAGCAAGGCGGCGUCGGUGCACGGCUGGCCGAGCGGCCACGCGCUCGACUCGGAGGAGGCGAUCGCGUUCGCGCGCGACCACGGCGUGCGCUGCCUCAUCGAGAGGCACCCGCUCGCCGACGCAGCCAACGCGAUGCAGGCGUGCGGCGACGGAAAGGUGCGGUUCCGCGGGGUGCUGAUCCCGUAAAGCGGGGAGGGGACAGAGAUCGGUACGUUUCUUGCAGCGGUGUUAGGGAGCGGCGGGCGGCAGACAGGCGGAGCAGGUGAGAAGGGGUUGGGAGCCAGGCGUCAGAUGUGAAGAGAAAAGUUGAUGCUCCUGCGUCCGUUUAUAGGGUUGAAUUUGAUCGUGAAGAUGCCGUAUCCGUUUGCUGUCACUGAGGUCAUCAUCUAGGACUCGAAGCACGCAGAGAAAUGUGGUCGUUUCGACGGGAUCAUACUUUUCCCUAUCGCUAUAUACCUACAGACACGCGUUAAUCAUCCGCCUCUCUAGGUGAAGUAUGCUCCGCUGACAAUAGGUAGAUAUACCUAUACAAACUGGUGUUCCUUCGCGUUCAGAACACCUCUUAUAACGCCAUCCUAGUUUUUAACUCCUAGUAUCAAAUAUCAUAUAUCAUUUCCCGUUUCUCCAUAUCCAGCGCUAACGCCUCGUCCUCCCCCCCUUUCCCCUUCCCCUCUCCUCUCCCUCCCCUCCGGGGGCAACCUACACAACAGCACCCCACACCACGACCGCGACCGCGACCACCACGACCGCAACCACGCCCGCGGCGCCUCCGCCCGACGCUCGCGGC